GCCUGCGAACAAAGAGGAGGCCGGCGGGCAGGGCGGGGGCGUCCGCGGCGAGCAUGGCGGACCGCAGCCUGGAAGGCAUGGCUCUGCCGCUGGAGGUGCGGGCCCGCCUGGCCGAGCUGGAGCUGGAGCUGUCGGAAGGUGACAUCACACAAAAGGGAUAUGAAAAGAAGAGGUCAAAACUGAUUGGAGCCUACCUUCCCCAGCCCCCAACAGCGAACGGAGCUGCCGUGGUUCGGUGUAGACUGCAGCACGGUGAAGUGGCGACGAGGAGACCCUUCCGUCCUGCCCACAUCGGGGUGUGCGACAUCCGAGACGCCGCGGCCCGGGAGCGGGAGCGGGCAGCCAGCGCCACGGGGAACCGGCCUCUGUUUUACUUUCGUUUCGGGGUGGACCAGGCCUUGCCUCAGGAGCGCCGCGCCCCCGUCACCCCUUCCUCCGCCUCUCGCUACCACCGCCGGCGGUCCUCAGGGUCUCGAGAUGAGCGCUACCGGUCAGAUGUGCAUACGGAAGCGGUCCAAGCAGCUCUUGCUAAACACAAAGAGAGGAAGAUGGCGGUACCCAUGCCUUCCAAACGCAGAUCCCUGGUGGUGCAGACUUCGAUGGAUGCAUACACGCCCCCAGACACGUCCUCUGGUUCAGAGGACGAAGGCUCCGUGCAGGGCGACUCCCAGGGAACCCCCACCUCCAGCCAAGGCAGCAUCAACAUGGAACACUGGAUCAGCCAGGCCAUCCACGGCUCCACCACCUCCACCACCUCCUCGUCGUCCACGCAGAGCGGCGGCAGCGGGGCCGCCCACAGGCUGGCCGACGUCAUGGCCCAGACGCACAUAGAAAAUCACUCCGCACCUCCCGAUGUAACCACAUACACCUCAGAGCACUCGAUACAAGUGGAAAGGCCACAGGGCUCAACCACGUCCCGGACGGCCCCCAAGUACGGCAAUGCGGAGCUCAUGGAGACGGGAGACGGAGUACCAGUCAGUAGCCGGGUAUCGGCAAAAAUCCAGCAGCUUGUCAACACCCUCAAACGACCUAAACGACCACCAUUACGAGAAUUCUUUGUCGAUGACUUCGAGGAGUUGUUAGAAGUUCAACAACCAGACCCGAACCAGCCGAAGCCGGAGGGGGCCCAGAUGCUGGCCAUGCGGGGGGAGCAGCUGGGGGUGGUGACGAACUGGCCGCCCUCCCUGGAGGCCGCUCUGCAGCGAUGGGGGACCAUCUCGCCCAAGGCCCCCUGCCUGACCACCAUGGACACGAACGGCAAGCCCCUCUACAUCCUCACCUACGGGAAACUGUGGACACGAAGUAUGAAAGUUGCUUACAACAUUCUACACAAAUUAGGUACAAAGCAAGAGCCCAUGGUUCGGCCUGGAGACAGGGUGGCGCUGGUGUUCCCCAACAACGACCCCGCCGCCUUCAUGGUGGCCUUCUACGGCUGCCUGCUGGCCGAAGUGGUUCCGGUGCCCAUCGAAGUGCCGCUCACGAGGAAGGACGCAGGGAGCCAACAGAUAGGCUUCUUGCUCGGAAGCUGUGGAGUUACUGUCGCCCUCACGAGUGACGCUUGUCACAAGGGACUUCCGAAGAGCCCCACGGGAGAGAUCCCGCAGUUUAAAGGUUGGCCGAAGCUGCUGUGGUUCGUCACCGAGUCCAAGCACCUCUCCAAGCCGCCCCGGGACUGGUUCCCCCACAUCAAAGACGCCAAUAACGACACGGCCUACAUCGAGUACAAGACGUGUAAGGACGGCAGCGUGCUGGGCGUGACGGUGACGCGGAUCGCGCUGCUGACGCACUGCCAGGCGCUGACGCAGGCGUGCAGCUACACGGAAGCCGAAACCAUCGUGAACGUGCUGGACUUCAAGAAGGACGUGGGGCUCUGGCACGGCAUCCUGACGAGCGUCAUGAAUAUGAUGCACGUCAUUAGCAUCCCAUACUCGCUGAUGAAGGUGAACCCCCUCUCCUGGAUCCAGAAGGUCUGCCAGUACAAAGCGAAAGUGGCUUGCGUGAAGUCGAGAGACAUGCACUGGGCGCUGGUGGCCCACAGAGAUCAAAGAGACGUCAACCUGUCCUCGCUCCGCAUGCUGAUAGUGGCCGACGGCGCCAACCCCUGGUCUAUUUCUUCUUGCGACGCGUUUCUCAAUGUCUUCCAAAGUAAAGGCCUUCGGCAGGAGGUCAUCUGUCCCUGUGCCAGCUCGCCGGAGGCGCUCACGGUGGCCAUCAGGAGGCCCACGGAUGACAGCAACCAGCCGCCGGGCCGGGGCGUGCUGUCCAUGCACGGGCUGACGUACGGCGUCAUCCGGGUGGACUCGGAGGAGAAGCUGUCGGUGCUCACGGUGCAGGACGUGGGCCUCGUCAUGCCGGGAGCCAUCAUGUGCUCCGUGAAGCCCGACGGCAUCCCCCAGCUGUGCAGGACGGACGAGAUCGGGGAGCUGUGUGUGUGCGCCGUCGCCACGGGGACGUCCUAUUAUGGGCUGUCCGGCAUGACCAAGAACACGUUCGAGGUCUUCCCCAUGACGAGCUCCGGGGCCCCCAUCAGCGAGUACCCCUUCAUCAGGACGGGCUUGCUGGGCUUCGUCGGUCCUGGGGGCCUCGUCUUCGUGGUGGGCAAGAUGGACGGCCUGAUGGUGGUCAGCGGGCGGAGACACAACGCCGACGACGUCGUGGCCACGGCGCUGGCCGUGGAGCCCAUGAAAUUCGUCUACAGGGGAAGGAUAGCCGUGUUCUCCGUGACCGUCCUUCACGACGAGAGGAUAGUGAUCGUGGCCGAGCAGAGGCCCGACUCCACGGAGGAGGACAGCUUCCAGUGGAUGAGCAGGGUGCUGCAGGCCAUCGACAGCAUACACCAAGUCGGCGUGUACUGCCUGGCCCUGGUGCCGGCAAAUACGCUUCCCAAAACCCCCCUCGGAGGGAUCCACCUGUCGGAAACCAAGCAGCUCUUCCUGGAGGGCUCGCUUCACCCCUGCAACGUGCUCAUGUGCCCGCACACCUGCGUCACCAACCUACCCAAGCCGCGGCAAAAGCAGCCAGAGAUCGGCCCCGCCUCUGUGAUGGUGGGAAACCUGGUGUCUGGGAAGCGGAUCGCGCAGGCUAGCGGCAGAGACCUGGGGCAGAUAGAAGACAACGACCAGGCGCGGAAGUUCCUGUUCCUCUCGGAGGUCUUGCAGUGGAGGGCGCAGACCACCCCUGACCACGUGCUGUACACGCUGCUCAACUGCCGGGGUACGAUAGCGAACUCGCUGACGUGCGUCCAGCUCCACAAGCGUGCUGAGAAGAUCGCCGUCAUGCUGAUGGAGAGGGGCCACCUGCAGGAUGGAGACCACGUGGCGCUCGUCUACCCGCCGGGAAUAGACCUCAUCGCGGCAUUUUAUGGUUGCCUGUACGCAGGCUGUGUGCCAAUAACUGUCCGGCCGCCACACCCGCAGAACAUCGCCACCACGCUGCCGACGGUCAAGAUGAUUGUGGAGGUGAGUCGCUCUGCCUGUCUGAUGACCACGCAGCUCAUCUGCAAACUGCUGCGGUCCCGGGAGGCGGCGGCGGCUGUGGACGUCAGGACGUGGCCCCUCAUUCUGGACACAGAUGAUUUGCCAAAGAAGCGGCCGGCUCAGAUCUACAAACCUUCCAACCCAGACACACUGGCCUACCUUGACUUCAGUGUGUCCACCACGGGGAUGCUAGCUGGCGUAAAGAUGUCCCACGCAGCCACCAGUGCCUUCUGCCGUUCCAUUAAGCUGCAGUGUGAGCUCUACCCCUCUAGAGAAGUGGCCAUCUGUCUGGACCCCUACUGCGGGCUGGGAUUCGUCCUCUGGUGCCUCUGCAGCGUGUACUCGGGGCACCAGUCCGUCCUCAUCCCGCCCUCCGAGCUGGAGACCAACCCUGCCUUGUGGCUCCUGGCCGUGAGUCAGUACAAGGUCCGGGACACCUUCUGCUCCUACUCCGUGAUGGAGCUCUGCACCAAGGGGCUGGGCUCGCAGACGGAGUCCCUCAAGGCUCGAGGCCUGGACCUGUCCCGCGUCAGGACGUGCGUGGUGGUGGCCGAAGAGCGUCCCAGAAUCGCCCUCACGCAGUCCUUCUCGAAGCUCUUCAAAGACCUGGGCCUCCACCCGCGGGCCGUGAGCACCUCGUUCGGCUGUCGCGUGAACCUGGCCAUCUGCUUGCAGGGCACGUCGGGACCCGACCCCACGACCGUCUACGUGGACAUGCGAGCCCUGAGGCACGACAGGGUCCGGCUGGUGGAACGGGGCUCUCCGCACAGCUUGCCUCUGAUGGAGUCGGGAAAGAUCCUUCCCGGGGUCCGGAUCAUCAUCGCCAAUCCCGAGACGAAGGGCCCGCUGGGGGACUCGCACCUCGGGGAGAUCUGGGUCCACAGCGCCCACAACGCCAGCGGCUACUUCACCAUCUACGGGGACGAGUCCCUGCAGUCGGACCACUUCAACUCCCGGCUGAGCUUCGGGGACACGCAGACCGUCUGGGCGCGGACCGGCUACCUGGGCUUCCUGCGGAGGACGGAGCUCACCGACGCCAACGGAGAGCGCCACGACGCCCUGUACGUGGUGGGCGCCCUGGACGAGGCCAUGGAGCUGCGGGGGAUGCGGUACCACCCGAUCGACAUCGAGACCUCCGUCAUCCGGGCGCACAAGAGCGUCACCGAGUGCGCGGUGUUCACGUGGACGAUGCUGGUGGUGGUGGUGGAGCUGGACGGGUCGGAGCAGGAGGCGCUGGACCUGGUCCCGCUGGUGACGAACGUGGUGCUGGAGGAGCACUACCUGAUCGUGGGCGUGGUGGUGGUGGUGGACAUCGGCGUCAUCCCCAUCAACUCCCGCGGCGAGAAGCAGCGCAUGCACCUGCGCGACGGCUUCCUGGCCGACCAGCUCGACCCCAUCUACGUGGCCUACAACAUGUAACUGACCCCCCGCCACGCGCGACCGCGACCACCG